AUGACUACGAUAGAGUAUUUGAAUAGAAGGCCAGUAUACUAUGAAGACAAUUAUUCAGAAUAUACAUCUGAAGAAGACGAGGAUGAGGGCCAUUCGAAGCGAUACAAAAACCGUUUCAUGCGCCUUGUUACACAUAAAUUACGCCGUACCUGGAUGGUUGUGGCACGUAAUGGUUAUCAGAAAUUAAACAGCACCAACACACAUAUCAAACGACCAUUUUGUCUGCCGUCAUUUGCUAAUACUAAUACUAUCAAUCCUGCAUCAUCCAGUCUGUUACCUAAACGUGAUACCCCACUUGACAUGGAAGACUUUCUUGCGACAAAAACUAUAAGGCCUGUUAUCAUUAAUGAACAAGAGAUAGACAUAGACAUGACACUAUUGUCAGAGAAACGAUUGCCGAGUACAAGUAAAAUAUCUAGGAUCCUAGAUAUUUCAGAAGACGAAGCUCUAUUACAAAUAAGACAAAACAUGCAUCAAAACUAA